AAAGUCCAGACAAGGGGAAAACAUCACCAGAGGUCACACACUGAAAACUGGAGCUUCCAGGUCCCCUUUCCGUUCUGUAUCCUUCAAUUUAUCGGUUCAAGUGUUAGUGUGUCCCUGCCGGCCCAGCUGUCUGCAGCAAGCCUCAGGAAAGCCAGCUGUCUCUCACCCUCAGCCUGCAGGAUUCUUGCAGGCAACCUAGAGACAUCUUUCAUCGCGGAGGCAUCGCGUUUUCAGACCCCCAGCCAGCAGGGGGCAGUGUAGCUACUCUCGCCAGUAGCAUCGACUUGCUCUCUUUGUGGUGUUCAUUUUUCUUGAGUCCCCCCAAGCCACUUCCGGGACACGCGGAACUUUGAUGCAGCCGGAUGCUGCGCUCUGAGACGCGGGCGUGCAAGGCGGCAGGCAGUGUUUCCGGCAGUGUUAGCGGUCUGAAUUGAAGUACCGCGGCCAAGAGAAAAUGGAGACAAUUUUAGAGCAGCAACGGCGCUAUCAUGAGGAGAAAGAACGGCUUAUGGAUGUUAUGGCCAAAGAAAUGCUCACUAAGAAGUCCACGCUCCGGGACCAGAUCAAUUCCGAUCACCGCACUAGGGCCAUGCAAGAUAGGUACAUGGAGGUCAGUGGGAACCUGAGGGAUUUGUAUGAUGAUAAGGAUGGAUUACGAAAGGAGGAGCUCAAUGCUAUUUCAGGACCCAACGAGUUUGCUGAAUUCUAUAACAGACUGAAGCAGAUAAAGGAAUUUCAUCGGAAGCACCCAAAUGAGAUCUGUGUGCCGAUGUCGGUGGAAUUCGAGGAGCUCCUGAAAGCUCGAGAGAAUCCAAGUGAGGAGGCACAAAACUUGGUGGAGUUUACAGAUGAAGAGGGAUAUGGUCGCUACCUUGAUCUCCAUGACUGCUACCUCAAGUACAUUAACCUGAAGGCAUCUGAGAAGCUGGAUUACAUCACAUACCUGUCCAUCUUCGAUCAGUUAUUUGACAUUCCGAAAGAAAGAAAGAAUGCAGAGUAUAAAAGAUACCUGGAGAUGCUGCUGGAGUACCUACAGGAUUACACAGAUAGAGUGAAGCCCCUUCAGGAUCAGAACGAGCUCUUUGGGAAGAUUCAGAACGACUUUGAGAAGAAGUGGGAUAAUGGCACCUUCCCUGGAUGGCCGAAAGAGACAAGCAGUGCUCUGACUCACGCGGGAGCCCAUCUUGACCUCUCCGCAUUCUCCUCCUGGGAGGAGUUGGCAUCCCUGGGUCUGGACAGAUUGAAAUCUGCACUAUUGGCUUUAGGCCUGAAGUGUGGUGGGACCCUAGAAGAACGAGCUCAGAGACUCUUCAGCACCAAAGGAAAGUCCUUGGAGUCGCUCGACACCUCUCUGUUUGCCAAAAAUCCCAAGUCAAAGGGCACAAAAAGAGACACUGAGAGGAACAAAGACAUUGCUUUCCUGGAAGCCCAGAUCUAUGAAUAUGUAGAGAUUCUUGGGGAACAGCGACAGCUCACUCAUGAAAAUGUACAGCGCAAGCAAGCCAGGACAGGUGAGGAGCGGGAGGAGGAGGAAGAGGAGCAGAUCAGCGAGAGCGAAAGUGAGGACGAAGAGAAUGAGAUCAUUUACAACCCCAAAAACCUGCCUCUGGGCUGGGACGGCAAACCCAUCCCCUACUGGCUGUACAAGCUCCACGGCCUGAACAUCAACUACAACUGUGAGAUCUGUGGGAACUACACCUACCGAGGGCCGAAGGCCUUCCAGCGGCACUUCGCUGAAUGGCGGCAUGCUCAUGGCAUGAGGUGUUUGGGCAUCCCAAACACUGCCCACUUUGCAAAUGUGACACAGAUUGAAGAUGCUGUCUCCUUGUGGGCCAAGCUGAAACUGCAGAAGGCUUCAGAACGAUGGCAGCCUGACACCGAGGAAGAAUAUGAAGACUCCAGUGGAAAUGUUGUGAACAAGAAGACAUACGAGGAUCUGAAAAGACAAGGACUGCUCUAGUGGUUGGCCAUGCCUGGGCUUCCGUGAGAAGCCUGAGAAAGUUUUUCCCAACCAAAUGUUCUUAAAGACUUUUUGCUAUGUAGUAUCUACCUUGUAGAAACAAGACAUGCUGACAGAUUGCAGAAUUGAGAUGUGUUUUAUCUUUGUUUUAUAUUAAAAAGAUUUGUGGGAAAAUAAAACCAGCCCUUGUUCUAGA